AUUGAUCAGUGGUGGGAAUAGGAGGCAUAAGGUCGCAAUCCCAUCCACCCCGCACUGACGCAAACUUGACCAAACUCACUGAUGAUUCCACUUGGACCCACCAGUUGCAACCGGAGAGUCGCGCGUGAUGCAAAUUUCAAGAGUCGCACUGUUGCUCACAAUAUCGUGGUGCUUCUCGUCGUGUCAAUCAAAUCAUGAUUGCAAAUUCCAAAUUAUGGUCAAUAGGACUUAUGGAACAGGACUAUUUUCUAGAGGAUUUUGCCAUUUUCUCGGGAUACCCUAUGCCAAACCUCCAAGAGGAUCACGACAAUUCCGUCCACCUGAAGGAGUCAACUUACAAGAUUUUCCCGCCAAAUUCUGGAAUUUAACCCAAAGAUCUGAGAAUUGUAUUCAAUACGACUUUGAGAAUAAUGGUCUGAAUGGAUCUGAAGAUUGCCUUUUUUUAAAUGUAUACUCGAAACCUUGGGUGUCACAUCUUCAGCCAGUUGUUGUGUGGAUACACGGAGGAACUUUUAAUUUCGGAUCGGGAUUCAGUGAUUCUGCUGAUUUGCCAGAUUUACUAAUCAACAACAAUAUUACUGUGGUCACGUUAAAUUAUCGUCUUGGGGUGUUGGGAUUUCUCUAUCGUGAACGUGAAAGUGUUACCAGGAAUAACGGUCUUAAGGAUCAACAGGAAGCAUUGCGAUGGGUUCAGAGAAAUAUCGCACAUUUCGGGGGAGAUCCUACGAAAGUAACUCUAAUGGGAUGGAGUGCUGGAAGUGCUGCAGUAUCCUACCACCUGUAUGAUUCAACAUCAGAAGGACUAUUCCAUGCUGCCAUAAUGAUGAGUGGAUCCUUCCUAAAUCCAUGGGCUUAUGCUCCCUCUCCACAAACCUGCCUAUCCACCAUGUGUGAACAAAUGCAAAUUUCAUGCAAAAAUCAGGGAAAACUCAGAGAAACCUUAGAAGGGCUGGCCAUUGAGAAAAACCAACCUCUUUUAACUCCAAUCACCUUCUUUGGAAUGGAAUUUCCAUGUUUUGUACCUUCAGGACCGUACCCACAAAUGUUAGUAAAAAGAAAGCCCAACAUAGAUGUGCCACUUAUGAUUGGUUACACAUCUCAUGAGACUGAACAGCAAAUUAAAUUCAAUUAUAUGGAAAACACAUUGUCCAAUUACGACUUCCCCAAUUCCAAUAGAUUUGAUAUCAUUGAGAACUAUGUGAGAACACAAAUCUCAGAAUUCAAUCGAACUAAUCUCCUCGUUGCUGCAGAUUUAAUUUAUGGCAUGGUGAAAUUCACAGAGGAAUACACCAGCAGAACGAAAUCCAACACUUUCCUCUACAAAUUCUCAUUAGGUGACGCACAUCAUGGGGAUGAUUUGUCACUCAUAUUUCGUGAAACCACUUAUAAUACCAAUGAUAAGACUCUGGAUACAACAAUCAAAGAAUCGCAGAUCACCAGUGCUAAAUUAGUGCAACUUUGGUCAAAUUUCAUAAAAUUUCAAAAUCCUACACCAUCACUCCAGCCUCUUCUGAAGGUUCUCUGGUUGCCAUUUAAUUCUUCCAAGGGAAGGGAGUACUUAAACAUUGGACAUAAUUUGACGAUGGAGAAUUUCAGUGAAGAUGCCACCUACAAAAUCUGGGAUGGAUUCUAUGAAUGUCUCUACCACGGCAAUUGCAUUAAUGUGCCAAAUUGAAAGUGUCCUAUAUUUUAUUUGCACUUCAGCCAGAUGCAUUUUCCACUUGAAUGCAUUUACCAUACAGCAUAUUUAUUAAACUUAUGUAACAGGGUUAUAGUGCCAGUAAAUAAAAAGUAAUGCCCUAAAAA